UGCAUACAACGAUUCUAUUGGUUGAAUAAUAACCUGGGUGUUACCUACAGAGCACAGCACCAAACCAACCAGACUGUAAACUAUAUAACAUUCAAGACUCAGGUUGCCGAAGAAACUACAGACAUUUUGAAGAAGUUAGAGMAAUUGGUGUCGCUGUUAUAUUUAAGGCUAACUGAAUGCAUAGUUAGUGAGUAGAGUACUUGCUAAAGGUAUUGAAAGUGGAAAACAUUUGAAGUGUUCUUGCUAACAUAGGAAUCACACAGAAGUACCAGAACGAACACCGCUACACAGCGUAAAUUCUGACGAAAUGGGAGUGCUUUAGAGGAAUUCAAUGCGGACUGUCCAGGUGAUGUCAUUAGAAGUUCAGUAGCAACCAUGGAAAUUCAAGACUGGAAAAAGUUUUUCUUGUAUGACAAUCUUAGGGUAGAAACUAUCCGUCAACUUGAUGCUUAUAUCAAAGAUGGAAAGGGCACUCUAGCUGAGCUCAAAGAUCGUUUUCGUACAUUUCUCUCUGAACUCACUGUUAAUAAACGAAAAAAAAUUGAUACUGUAGAAAAGUUUGUAGAAGCCUUGGAAAAACAAAGUCUUAUCGGAGCAAACGAUGUGAAGUUAUUAAAAGUGUUAGCUGAGAAGAUUGGAUUAGAAGAAUUGAAGCAAAAAGUUGAGAAAUACGAAGCUGAUUGUUCGGGUGAUGCCAUUAGAUGUUUACCAACCAUGGGAAUUCAAGACUCGAAAAAGCGUUUUUCGUAUGACUAUCUUAGGGUAGAAACUAUCCGUCAACUUCAAGCUUAUAUCGCAGAUGGAAAGGGCACUCUAGCUGAGCUCAAAGAUUGUUUUCGUGGAUCUCUCCCUGAACUCACUGAAAAUGAACUAAAAGAAAUCAGUGAUGUAAAUAAACUUGUAAAAGUCUUGGAAGAACAAGGUGUAAUUAAAGUAGACAAUGUGAAGUUAUUAAAAGUGUUAGCUGAGAAGAGUGGAUUAGAAGAACUGAAGCAAAAAGUUGGGGAGUACGAAGCGGAUAAUGCAGGAAUAUUCAGGAGAACACUCAAUGCUGCAAAAGGAGCUUCAGGUUUUAUAUGGGACAGGUUUAAAGGAACAGUGAUACAUUUGAAGACUGAAAUAUCAGUAAAAGGAGUUCUACUAACCUUAGCAGGAGCAACCUUUAUUGGUAUAUAUGGGAUGGAUCUUGAAAAACUGCAAUACUUUGAAAGACUUAUAGGGCUUUUGGAUCGAGUGGUUGCACUCUUUAGUGGCUCGGUUGUUAUCGUCUUAAAACUCUCAAGCAUUUCAUCACUAAAACGUCUAUGGCAGAGCUACAAGGAUGGCUCGUUGAAAGAAAAACUGAAAAAAUCCCUCAAUGAGGAGGAAGAAUUGAAGGAACUGAGCCAAGGAGAAGAGAUUGAUGUGGAGGUUACAAUAGAUGAGGAAGAAUACCAUGCAGUUCUUUGGAAUCUUAUCCUCUUGGAUGUAAAAGGUAAAUCAAUGAAGAAUGGUAAAAGUCAGCGAAGGCACUCAGUAUGCUAUGAACGAGAUGUCUCUGAAGACAGAAGUAAACCAAUGGAUGUUAAAGGUAAACCAAUGAAGAAUGCUAGAAUAAAGCGCAGGCACUCAGUAUGCUGUGAACGAGAUGUUCCUGAAGACAUGGAUCCGAAAGGUAAAUCAAUGAAGUUUGAUAAAAGUCAGCGCAGGGAACGAGAUGUUCCUGAAGACAGCAGUAAAGCAAUGGAUAUAAAAGCAGCAAUAUAG